CCGGCGGCGGCGGGGAAGAUGGCGUACCAGAGCCUCCGGUUGGAGUACCUGCAGAUCCCACCGGUCAGCCGCGCCUACACCACCGCCUGCGUCCUCACCACCGCCGCUGUGGUGAGCAGCUGCAGCGCCAGCUUCUCAUUAUCCGGGCUGGAUAUAACCGGGUCCUCGGGAAACGGGUUUGGGCCUCCGGGAAGCUCAGAGGGGUUGGUCUCAAAGCAGUUGGAAUUGAUCACACCUUUUCAGUUGUACUUCAAUCCCGAAUUAAUCUUUAAACACUUUCAAAUAUGGAGGCUAAUCACCAAUUUCUUAUUUUUUGGGCCAGUUGGAUUCAAUUUUUUAUUUAACAUGAUUUUUCUAUAUCGUUACUGUCGAAUGCUAGAAGAAGGCUCUUUCCGAGGUCGGACAGCAGACUUUGUAUUUAUGUUCCUUUUUGGUGGAUUCUUAAUGACUCUUUUUGGUUUGUUUGUGAGCUUAGUCUUCUUGGGCCAGGCCUUUACAAUAAUGCUUGUCUACGUGUGGAGCCGAAGGAACCCAUAUGUCCGCAUGAACUUCUUCGGCCUUCUCAAUUUCCAGGCCCCCUUUCUACCCUGGGUGCUCAUGGGCUUUUCCUUGUUGUUGGGGAACUCAAUCAUUGUGGACCUCUUGGGUAUUGCAGUUGGACACAUAUAUUUUUUCUUGGAAGAUGUAUUUCCCAAUCAACCUGGUGGAAUAAGAAUUUUGAAAACACCAUCUAUUCUGAAGGCUAUUUUUGAUACACCAGAUGAAGAUCCAAAUUACAAUCCACUACCUGAGGAGCGGCCAGGAGGCUUUGCCUGGGGUGAGGGCCAGCGCCUCGGCGGCUAAAGUGGCAGUGCCAAUAACGAGACCCAGCUGGGAAGGACUCAGUGACAUACCCAUUGGGAUUCUUUUAUCCUUUGUGUUGCAAAAGUAUGGACACUUUUGACAGCUUGACAAGAUUUUGACUCCAGAAGCACUUUAUGAAAUGACACACUGAUUAAUCCAGAAGACAUUUCCAGCAGUUUGCCAGUGGUUCCUCACUACACUGGUACUGAAAGUGUAAUCUCUUGGAGCCAAAAAACUGGAGACACAAAUAGCCUGCUGCCUCUAAGGAACAAGUACCUGAGUACUUGAGUUGUGUGGUGACGGGCAGAGUUUUUCCUCUUCCUCCUCCUCUUUGAUAGACGAGGCCGUGGUGUAAAUGGAAGUUUCAGAGAGGACAAAAUAAAACUGAAUUCCAUCUCUCUCUCA